ACCACACGAGGUUUGUUACGUUAAUUGCAACAAAGAAAGAGUAGAAGAAAAAGGCAACAAAGGAAUUAACAAAGACUUAUUAUUAAAGGCAGCAAAGAAAACCGCUAAACAAUGACUUGCAAUGACCAUUUCCACAUUGAGCAAUGUUGUGGAGGGUGUGCUGCUGUUCCUGAAUCUGCAGUGUGAACAUCUGUCGAGAUCAGCUCUCAAGCAGCUCAGACCAAGUUUGACUGUUGCCAUAGAUACGUUAACGCAAUCGUCUACCAGUGAUGCAUCAUGCAAAUUGCAACUAAGAGUGCUAGCAUUUGGCCUCGGAGCAUACUUCCUGGAUGGAGUAGCAUUCAUCAAACAAAUUUGUCACCUCUGCCCUAACCUCCGACUGCAGUCUUGCAAUGAAGAGCAGCCAGUAAUGGAGGUUCUUUGUCGUCGUACAGGGGAGCCUGGCCGGGUCACUCGGUAUGCUCUAGAGGGAUGGAGUGGAGGAGCAACCCAGGAGGUGGAGCCAGUGAUCCAAGAGUCCAUGGUAACUCGUCCCACUGAUCUGCACCCAGCGGCACUCUUGGUGAAAAUGGUGCUCUCUUUUGAAGGUGACUUGAAAGAUGCCGGAAGAAAGCUGGGGAAACAGUUGCACUUGAUACAGCUUUUAAAUCCUGAGGUCUCACUGAGCCUUCUUGUUAGAGACAGACACAAGAGCCCCAUUGUUCGAGUUGCUUUUGAAACCACUAGUAUCAAGACGUCGUGCAGACCACCAUUACUCAUCACCUCAGACAAUCAUUACAUCAAAAAAAGGUUGGAUUCCCGUUUGGCCAAGUUAAAGUUGUUCAAAGGAGACAUACAGACACUACCUGACUCCCUCCUACUUCAAGAUGGUAGGAAGGUCUCUCUCAAGCUAUUCUCAAUGGUGGCUGUACUACCUCACCUACGACUGAAGAAGGGUAAAAAAAUACCCAUCAACAAGCUCUGUCAAAAGAUACAUAUAUUUGUGUACGGUUCCCACUCUCUACCGUUGGUACUCCCUGAGUCCCAGCCUGGUUUCCCUCUCUCAUUACUGGCUGACUGGGACUGCUACGGCCUCUCACUCUCACCAACUGGCACUCACCACACAGACGACCAGGUGGCAGCUCCCAGUUAUGUCUAUGAUGUCACUAACACCCGGCAGUCCUCCUCCCAACCCCCCAGGCACACCCUCAUCAUGUUCCUGUUCCUAGAGGACCCGAGCAGCACUGACAAGACCCAACUCAGCGAAAACAUUCGAUGGAAACAGCAGAUGGAACUUAUACACAGACUGAGAGCAGAGCUUCAAGGGUUAAUCAUGUCGCAGUCAAGGAAAUUUCACCAAGCUACUCACUCAGCACUCAACAAGAUUGCCUGUAACUAUGGCUCACACUCAAAGGCGAAGUCAAUCAUGGUGACAGCUCUCCCUCUGUUGGCUGAGGCAGUGGCUAGUAUUGUCAAGCAUAGCACUGAAGAGGCUUUCAGAGAAUCUUGUUUGGAGACCCUACAGGCUAGUAAUGUAACAUGUUUAGUUCCCGAAAAUGUACAUAUAUAUUUCUAGCCUCGUAAGGCAUGAUAUCCGUACUCAAUAAUAAUGCACACUGCAUUACUACACUAACUAUGUUUUGUAUGGGCUUUAGGUGGAUUGUGUUGAUAGUGUUGGUGACAGUGUGGAGCAGAGACUGUGGAGGAUUGCUAAGAUAAAACUGGGCAUCACACACCCAACUGAUACCACCUCAAAAAACCCUGAUGAACCUACAACUCCUGAGCUGGCUCUUGCUCUUCAAAGUGAUCCAGCUGUCCCUCAAACAACACAAGCUGGGCCCAGUACUAUAGUCACUACACCACAUACAGGAAACAUGCUGGUUGAUUCGAGUACACCCAUACCUAGUCGUGAGAACACUGACCACCUACCAGCUACGCGAAAUGAUACGACUAACUCUCAAAACACACAGAGCUUGUUUGGAGCCAGAAUAUCGAAUAAAAGACGAACAUACCAUGAACGAGAAAGCAACGAAGAAGAUAGUCAAGUGACUUGUGCCAACGAGGAUGACACCUGCUUCAAUUCUCUGUGCGAAGAGGGUCUAAACUUUGAAGCGAACAGUAGCCACAUUUCUCGGACUGAAAAUCAACCAUCACUACCGAUUAUUAGUGGUGCUACAUUGAACAUUGAUGUUAGAGACCUGAGUGAAUACAGUGUUCGAGCUGAAAUCGAGUCUCAACUUUCACAGCCGAUAUUGGGAGCUACAGCUUCGCCUAUUAUUAAUUGGUUUGAUAAAGGUUCCAGUAAUAGUGAAGACAGUGACGAAGAGAUGAGUAUCAGCAACUUUGAUGAGCUGGAGAAUUGCAGUGAGGGAGAUUCAUUCACCGAGGGCAUGGAGUGUGGGUCUGGAGGAGAUGAUGACAUGACUGAGUACGAUGAGCUAGGACUCUAUCAUGAAGAUGGCAGGCAAACCAACGCUCAAUUACAGCAUACAGCUAAUUCAACGCUAAUCGAAAAAGGGUGGAACAUUGCUACUAACGAAUCAACCCAUUUUGCUAAUGAGGGAUCCCAUACAACUGCUGCUCUACCUCUACAUGAAGCCAGACUAGAGCAGGUGGCCGGUGGCUCAGCCAGUGACGACGAAUGGGAUAAUUUAUUAGCCUGCAAGUCUAAGGAAUUUCAACACACCCUUCAGGCAAAUAACAAAGCUGAUGAUGUCAUGGCUGAACAGUUAGCUGACCAUGCUUCUAAGAACACUCAAGAUACUCUUUACAGGACUACAUUAGAUUCUCAUAGCAGUUCUGUAUUGGAUGUUGAUG